AUGCUUUACCUCCUGGUCCUGCUUGCGGGGCUCAGUAGGCUGCUCACAUUGGGGCUCGAUUUUCAACAGUCUUUCGUAGAGAUCACAGUUCCAGAGGAGAUCCUAUCAAAUUCAAGUGAUUCAGACUCAGAAUAUGAAGGGAUUUCAUAUAGUAUAUCAAUAGAAGGGAGACUGUAUACUUUACACCUCAAAAAAAGAUUGUUUUUACCAGAUGAUUUUGUUGUCUAUAUGUACAGUCGGGAAGGUGCUUUGUAUUCUAGUUCCAAAAGUACUAUGAAAUAUUGCAACUACCAAGGACACAUUGCAGGUUUGCCAAAUUCAGUUGUCACACUCCACGCCUGUUCUGGACUCAGAGGAUUACUGCAGUUUGAAAAUGUUACUUAUGGAAUUGAGCCCCUUGGGUCUUCAGGUGGAUUUCAGCAUCUUAUUUAUCGAUUAAGAAGUGAAAACACAAAUCUUGCUGUUUUAGCAGAAAAUAAUACACAAGUGGAAUCAGAAGACCCAGAAUAUAAAGUUGAUUCCAGUGUUGAAUCGAGAUCACUUGGUCCAAAGCUAUCAUCUCAGUAUGUGGAAAUACAUAUUGUAUUGGACAAAGGUUUGUAUGAUUACAUGGGCUCUGAUAUUGAGGCUGUAACAAAUAAAGUCAUCCAGAUUCUUGGUCUUAUAAAUGCAAUGUUUACCCAAUUUAAAAUGACAAUUGUGUUGUCAUCUUUGGAAUUGUGGACAUAUAAAAAUAAGAUUUCCACAACUGGGGAGCCAGAUGACAUAUUACAAAGAUUUUUGGAAUGGAAAAAUUCUUAUUUGGUUCUACGGCCUCAUGAUAUGGCAUAUUUAUUCAUUUAUAGGGAGCAUCCUACUUCUGUAGGAGCAACUUUUCCUGGAAAGAUGUGCGUUCUUCAUUAUGCUGCAGGAAUUGUUCUGUAUCCCAAGGGAAUAACUGUCGAAGCAUUUUCUGUUAUUAUUGCACAGUUGCUGGGGCUUAGUCUGGGAAUAAGAUACGAUGACAAGAGAUGCCACUGUUCACAAUCUACCUGCAUAAUGAACCCAGAAGCUGUGCUCUCCAGUGGGAUUAAGGUCUUUAGCCGCUGCAGCUUGAAUGACUUUCAAAAUUUCAUUUCAAAGACUGGAGCUAAAUGUCUUAAGAAUCAACCAGCUCUUAAAUAUUAUUUUUCUGAGCCUCCUGCAUCCUGUGGGAAUUAUGAAAUAGAUGAGUAUGAAGAGUGUGACUGUGGCCCUCCAUCGGUAUGUGGAUAUUCACAAUGCUGUAAUCCAAGUUAUUGUCGAGCAAGUAAUUUUGCAUACUGUAUUACUGGGGUUUGCUGCCAGCCAGAUUGUCGGUUUAAUCGAGGGGGUUUAUGUAGACCUGCAUAUGAUCCACUCUGUGAUUUUCCUGAGCAAUGUAAUGGCACCUCUUCAGAAUGCCCACACGAUUUAAGGGCAAAAGAUGGAAGUAAAUGUGCUGACCUUUCAAGUAUAUGUUAUGAUGGAAUAUGCCAGAACCCUGAUAAAAAAUGUCAGCGUCUAUUUGGAAAAGGUUCCAAAAAUGGUCCCUUUGCCUGCUAUGAAGAAAUCAAUAGUCAGCAAGAUAGGUUUGGGAAUUGUGGCCGGCAAGGAGAAAAUAGAUUUAAAUUCUGUAACUGGAGGAAUCUCCUCUGUGGAAAGUUAAUUUGUACAUACCCAUAUCGAAAACCAUAUGUUCGAGAAAAUGUUGCUGUGAUAUAUAGUUUUGUGCUAAACACUGUAUGUAUAAGUUUAGAUCACAAGUUUCAGCUAAAUACUCCAGAUCCAAUGCUGAUGGCAAAUGGAAAUCCAUGUGAUAGUAAUAAGUUUUGUCUUAAUUCUGAGUGUGUAUAUAUGAAUAAUCUCAUAAAGGAGGCAAAAACUUGUUCAGAAGAAAGGUGCUAUGCACGUGGAGCAUGCACUGAUCAUCCUGGAAUAUGCGUAUGUCAAUUAGAAUUUCGAUUUCCAGAUUGUUACCGAAGGAAAACUAGAGCCACUUACAGUUAUUCAGACUUGUCAUCAGAUGUUACCUCCAUAGGCGGCAGAGUUGCAGAGCUUCCAAGGAAGAACUGGCUGCUUAUAAGUUUCUACAUUUCUCUACCUAUUCUUUUCAUUAUAGCCAUUAUAACUGUCAAGUGGAAAUCUCUGAAAGGAUGCUUAUCCCGGGAGGAAUCACCAAUUACUGAGUAA